AUGACGACAACAGAUCAAGUUGAUGCCAUCUUGGAAGCAUUCAAUCUUAUUGGCAUCUCAGUGUCAGAGUUCCUUGUUGUAUUGCUAACUAAUCCCAAUUACAUCACCCACGAGAAUACAAUCAAUCUAAGAUCAUGCAGUCCGCACAUUACCAAGCUCCUUGCGGAACACCCAGAAGCUUCUGCAGGAGAUGUGCUGAAGUGGGCCAGUGAUAUCAUCAAACACAGAUGUGCACUGGAGAUUCAAGAACUAUCAGCGAAGAAACCUGGCUACCAUUUUUUGGCCUUGCAUGCAUCUGUAGAACAACUUGAAGAGUUCGAUAUUGAAGUGUUAGGUGGUGGGAUGUAA